CUAUGGCCGGAGUUGUGUUGCAGUCACUGCAGGCUUUCCGAUUGCGGCAGAUUACCCCAGUGUUUUUAUUUCAGUGUGGGUGGAUACAACAUGGGAAAUGGAUUUUACCGAGAUGGAACCAUUAAAUGAAUGCUUGGAGGAGCAGAUUACAGAAAAUGGACUUGAGGCAUUCUCCCAGCUUUAUAAGAGUAUCUUUAACGUUAUUCAUCAGCCGCAACAAGCUAAAGAAGUGGCUGAUCUUUGGACACUGUUUGCAGAGAAUGAUCUCUCCCACAGAGCACUUGUUGCUGUGUUAUGUCACUUUAUCCACAUGGUUCAGAAUAAGAAGGCUACUGUCAUCCAGAGACAAUAUGCUUUAAAUGCAGCUGGUCUGUACUUCCUAUUCCUUGAAAUCCCAGGAAGUGUUGCCAACCGUAUCUUCCAUCCAGUGCUAUUUGAAAAAUGUUUGGAUACUAUUAAAAAGAGCUGGCCUGCAGUAGAAGCAGGAUAUCGAAAACGGAAGAAAGACGUCCAGGUGAAGAGCUCUCAGUGUAAUGGUAAAGGAAGAAAAAGAGCUAGACCUGUUAGACAGAAGGAUAAUGAGGAUACAUUUGAGGAAGAAGAUGAUGAGGAUGAUGAUUAUUUGUCCACACAAGAUCUGAUUCUAAUCAAGGAUGAUAUUUUAUCACUGCUAAAAAAUUUCCUGCGAUUGCUCUCCACUUUCCCUUUGAAGGAGAAACCUGAUAGUGCACACCAUGUUCUCCAGCUGUUCACUGAACUAACCAACCUUGAACCUGUAUCUGGAGGAUUCGAACUUUCAGAUUCAAUGAGUUUUGAAAGAGUGACAACCCUGCCUGAAUUAGCUUAUUAUGGGCUUAAACUACUGUGCUCACCUAUCCAUGGUGAUGUGAAUAAGACACUGCGCUACCUGUUUCGAAGAUUAUUAAAUGUAAUUUUAAUGCUGGAUGGUGAGGAAGGUACCAGAUCUGUUGUAGUGGGACAGAGAGCUAUCAAUGCCAGAGGUCAAGCCAUUAGAUUUGUAAGCUACGUUGUGGAUGAGUUGAAAGAGACUGCAUUGCCUGUUCUUCGAAUUUUGCUACAACACAUCUGCGCAAAGGUGCCAGAUAAAGCAGAGUAUCGGACCCAUGGUGCCCAGGCUGUUGUGAAAUUGCUAACAAAACUUCCUUGUGCAGAUUAUGUUGCUUUCUUGGAUUGGUUCCAUAGAUACUCACAGAACAACAAGGUAGCUUACAGAAGUUUUGCCUUGGAUGUAAUAAUGGCUUUGCUGAAAUUACCUGAUAGGAAAGAAGAUAGUACUAUUCUGCCUGAGCAUCUGAAGUAUCUAAAGAGCAAGUAUUGGAUCCAGGUGGUGAUCUUGGGUAGAUGCUCGGAUAAGGCUCCUACAGUCCGGAGCAGGGCACUAUCUUGUCUUGCACAAUGUUUAGACUUAAAUAUCGCAGCAGCUUUAGAGUCUGUUCAGGAACUGCUGCUGGGCGCCACAAAAUUUCUACACAAGACCUUGGGUACACCAGAAUCCACUGAAGUCACAGAAAAUGGUGAUUCAUUAGUCACUGCCACCACAAGCCAAAGCAGGGAUGCACUAAAAAGUGUUGAGGUUACAGAUGCUGGCAAUGUGACAGUCAAGAAUGUAACAGAAAUUAUGUCGAUGUUGCGAAUGAGGGCUGGUGAUGAAAGGACCAUCGUAAGGAAAUCAGCCAUUCAGGUGCUUGUCAGUAUUUUGAAACAGAACACAGUCUUAUGCACCCAAGAGGAUCUGUCUGUAUUACAAGACCGUUGUCGAGAUCCUGCCCCAUCUGUCCGUAAGCAAACAUUGCAGUCCAUCACAGAUCUUCUGUUGGCUCAACCCAGUAAUGCAAUGCUACAGAUGGCUUGGAUCAAUGGAGUUAUCCCGGUUGUAAUUGAUUCUGAGAAUUCUGUCCAGGAAAAAGCACUGGAGUAUCUGAAUCAAGUGAUAAUACAGCAAAUCAAGAACUACAGGCAGUUCAGUGAUGAAGACAAGUACCAAAGAUUGGCCUGGGAUGUUUUAGCACUUCUUGCACUUGAGUAUCAGGAGCUUUGUCGUUACUUGACCAAAGCUUUCCUUCUGUGGUCCCAGCAAGAUAAAUUCAGUUCAACAUUUGUCGAAGAUCUCAUUUCUCACACUGACACUGAUCGUGCCCCUGCUGCCUGGAUGCUGCUUUCAAAAAUAGCAGGAUUCUUCCCACAGUUGAAUUAUACAAAGAUUGUGGAAACCUGGGAGGAUGUUUAUAGAUCUAAGAAUGUAGACAACAGAACAGGCCACAUUUUGAGUGUUGUGGGUAACAUUGCACAUCACUUGUUGGAGGAAACUAGAACUUUACUGAUAGAUGAGGUCCAGAGUUGGAUAAGUACAUUUUGCUCUCCUCCAGAAGUAGUUAGUCAGGCAAUUGAGACCUUGUACAAGCUCUGUCAGGCUCAUUGUAAGACUCCUGAAGAAACACGGGUCCUGCUGGAUCAGGUAUGUGGAAAGCUGAUCAUGAUCUGCGAGGCUUACAUCUCUAAUAUUGUUCUUAGUAAUGCAGGAACUCAGCAUGUGGAUGAAAGUAUGUUGGUGAAACACCUUUUCACGCUUGGUGAGGCAGCACAGUUGUGCCCUGGAAAAGUGGAGAAUCGGAUCUUCCUUCUGGUUCAAUCAUUUCUUGCUUCUCCCAGUUUAGGUUCAGAUGGCGAUUAUCUCCCAGCUUCACAGCUCCUUACUGAAUUUUCAGGAUCUACUACCGUAUCUUCUGUUGUCCGAGCACAUGCCUUUUUCACUCUGGGAAAGUUGUGCCUACAACACGAAGAUCUAGCAAAGAAAUCCAUUGCUGCCUUUGCCCGCGAGUUGGAGGUGUGUGAAAAUACAGCAGUUCGCAAUAAUGUCAUCAUCAUCAUAUGUGACCUCUGUAUGCGAUAUACCACUAUGGUGGAUCGGUACAUUCCUAACGUCGCUGCAUGUUUAAAAGACAAUGAUCCCUUUAUUCGUAAACAGACUUUGGUCAUGCUGACCAACUUACUCCAGGAAGAAUUCAUAAAAUGGAAAGGUUCCCUCUUCUUCAGAUUUGUGAGUGUUCUGGUGGAUUCAGAUGAAAGUAUACGGAGUUUUGCAGAGUUCUGUUUAGUCCACCUGCUCUUGAAAAGAAACCCUGGUACCUUCUCUCAACAGUUUCUCGAAUGCAUUUUCCACUUCAACGCCUAUGAAAAACAUGAAAAGUACAAUAAGUUUUCUCAAACUGAACGAGAGAGGAAACUAUUUUCCUUGAAGGGGAAUAAAAACAAAGAGAAACGAAUGACUAUUUACAAGUUCUUGUUGAAACACUUCACAGAUGAACAACGCUUUAAUGUUACCAAUAAACUUGCUCAUGAUAUCCUAGCAUGCUUUGUUGAUGGAAUACUUCCUUUGGACAUGGAGGCGAACGAAUUGCUGUCGGACACAUUUAUGGUGAUGAGUUGCAAGGAGAUCAAGCUGUCUUCUAUCAGAGUAAAACUUAAUGAUGAGGCUCAGCUGGACGAUGAAAUGGCCAUGGCUAAUGCAGUCAUGCAGGCAGCACAGAAAAAACUCAUUUCUCAGGUGCAGAAGAAAAAUUUUGUCGAAAACAUUAUUCCUAUUGUGUCAUCCUUGAAGAGCCAACUCGAACAGAAGCAUAUCCCGGCACUUAAGGAUCUCAUGCAUUACUUACGAGAAGUGAUGCAGGAUUAUCGGAAUGAGGUCAAAGAGCUUUUUGCUGCUGAUAAGCAGCUUGCAGCUGAGUUGGAAUAUGAUCUCAAAAAAUAUGAAGAGCAGGUUGCCCAGGAGGAGGAGGAGAGGGAGUAUGUACCCGCAGGUGCAGCUGUGUUAUCAAGAAUUUCACCUGCAGUGCAGACUGGUGUACCAGUUGGAAAUGAAGCCCAGUCUCCGAGUACAAAAGUUGCCCAACCUGUAAUCUCACAGCUGAGGACCCCCAUUUCAGCAUGUGGGAUUCUUACUCCUAGAACACCUCAAUUCUCAAAGCCCAGAUCCAUGUCCCUAAGUACCGUGGCAAUUCUAAAUUCUGCCAGGAAGGUGGCGGAAAUAGGUCAAAAAAGGGGUACUACUGGGUCUGUGUUACGACUUUCCACUGCAAGGAGCGGCAGCGUAACUCAAAAGCGUGCUGAUGCUGCAGUUCUGUUGCAGGGUUCAGGAGAGCGCACAAGGUCUGAUGCUUCAUCAACCAAUGCCUCUAUGACUGAACGAGCGAUCAGUACUCCAGACCGAACAAUUGAGAACGUGACCUUUGGUGCAGGAGUCAGCUACAUUAGUAUAAAUCAAACUCCAGCAUCUGAAAAUCGUCAAGAACUGUCACAAGAACAGCAAAAAAACAUAUUGUGUCUUGUGUCCCCGGAUAAACCGGUUCCUCACCCACGGCAGUGGAAUGUGGAAUCACCAGCUGCCAAGAACAGGAACCAAUUCCAAGCCAGAACAAGAUCUCAGAAGAAGUCUCCCCUUAGAGCUUCAAAUUGAAGCAGAAAUUUAUAAUUUGUAUCUUAACAUUUAGCGCUUUUAAAAGAUUUUUCUUCUACCUACACUUUCUUAGACUUUAAGCAGAUUUGUAAUAGUAUAAGAUGGGUAGGUCUUCAUGGGAUGGGAAAUGGGAAAAUCUCUAGAACUGGGGGUUGUAGUUUAAGAAUAAGACAGUCAUUCAUUUAAUCCUAAAGCUGUGCUGGUCGUUAGACUAAAUUAACUGUCAUGUUGCUGUCUUAUGGGAGAAUUGGUGGCAAGUUAAUGGAUGGGCAUGUGAGAGAAUAGAUUGUAAGGAGCCAGCGUAGGCUGCAGAAUGAUUUCCCAUGAUGGAAGAAAUUAUGAAUUGAUAAGCAAGGGGGUGAAAUUUUACUGUGGAUAGACCAUAUUACAGAGCUGAGUUUACAGUCACAUCAGGAAAGCAGGAUUUUGAGCUCUGCUAACCUGUACAUAAAUAUUCAGCUUGGUUUCUCUCGGCAAAGUCAUGCCAUGACUAGUUAUAUUUUUAGGAAAAGGGGAAAUUCCAAUAAAUGAAAACAAGAACCAGAAUCAGAAUUUAUUAACUUUGAAUAAAAAUUACUUUAAAAUCUAUAUGGGAUCCCUGUUUAAAUGACUUCUAAAUGCAUGUUCCUUGCCUUAAGCUAUCACAGUGCAAUGGUCAUAAUUUAUUGCAGUGCAGUUUCUGAAUUUAUUUUGAAUUUAUUUUAACUAUAUUUACUCAUUGUAAUCCUAAGAUUUACUGAUUACUAAGAUCUUCAGUGUCAGGUUUGCUCUUUGUUCUCCCACUGCUAGAACAGAAUUUGAAUACAUUAUUGAUUAGCCACACAGGAAAUGCUUUCUGUCCUCCCUCAGCAGUGGCCAAUAAGUGAUCCAAAGCGUGAGAAAGCGUAGCUCACUCAGGUUCACUGACUGAGUGCAUAAGGCAUCAAUUUGCAGCAGUUUGGUGUUUUGGGCAGCGGUCAACCAGCCAUCGGGAUUGAUUGGCAAGAACAAAUAAAAAUAAGGUAGAGGCAGGCGGAGCAGCCUUUGUUGAAGUGGACAGUGUUAGAGUGGUGAUUUUGAGGCUUCACUGAGGGAAGGUAAAAAAGCUGCAGGUAGAUUUUUCCCUCCAGUUUAAUUAUUGAUUUCCUUCUUUAUUAAUUGCACAGUUAGAACAGUGGGGAUGUCAGGCAGGAUAGUUGAAUGCUCCUCUUGCAGAAUGUGGGGAGGCAGGGAAAAGGGGAGAAGAGGUGAGCUAUGGUGAUAGGAGAUUCGUUGGGGGAACAGAAAGGAGGUUCUGUGGACAAGAAUGAGAUUCAUGGAUGGUAUGUUGCCUCCAGGGUCUGGCACGUCUCAGAUUGAGUCCUCAGCAUUCUUAAGUGGGAGGGUGAGCAGCCAAAGGUCGUGGUCCAUGUGGGUACCAAUGACAUGGGUAGGAAGAGUAACGAGGUUCCGCAAAGUGAAUUAGGUGCUAAGUUAAAGGGCAGGGUCUCCAGGGCUGUGAUCUCAGGAUUGCUACCCAUGCCACAUGCUAGUGAGGCCAGAACUAGGAAGAUUAUACAGUUUAACGUGUGGCUAAGGAGUUGGUGUAGGAGGGAGGGGCUUCAGAUUUUGGGAUCAUUGGUCUCUCUUCCAGGGAAGUGGGACCUGUACAGAAGAGACAGUGUUCACCUGAACUGGAGAAGGGCUAAUAUCCUAGCAGGAAAGACAUGGAUCAACACAUGGAAUUAUGAUAUCGUAGUCAUUACUGAGACUUGAUUGCAGGAGGGGCAGGACUGGCAGUUCGAUAUUCUGGGGUUCUGUUGUUUUAGAUGUGACAGAGCGGGAGGGAUUAAAGGGGGAGAGGUGGUGUUACUAGUCAUGGAGAAUGUCAGACCCUGGCACCCAGCAGGCAACAUACCAUCCGGGAAUCUCGCUCUCAUCCACAGAACCUCUUUUCUGUUCACCUAACUAAUAAAUUCCCUAUCACUACACCCUGCCUCUUUCUCCCUCUUCCCUUCUGAAUGACAGAAGCAGAGUCAGUGCCAGAGACCUGACUUCUGUGACUUUCCCGUUAGGUCAUUUCCACCCCCCACCGCCCCCCCCCACAACAGUCUCCAAUGUUGUUGAAGGGAAUAGGCACAGCGGUACACUACCCAGGCGGUUUAACCCUUUUCCCCUUCCUGAAAGUCACCCAGUUUCCUGUGUCCCUGCACUUUGGGUGUAAAUAUUUCUCUAUCUGUUCUAGCUAUCACCCUUCCUGAAUGAUCCAUAGUUCAUCCAUUACCAGCUCCAACUCCUUAAUGUGGUUUAUUAGAAGCUGCAACUGGAUGCACUUCUUGCAGAUGAAGUCAUCAGGGAUACUGGAGGUCUCCCUGCCUUCCCUCAUCCCAUAAGAGGAGCAUUCAGCUCUCUUGCCUGGCAUCUCCACUGUUCCUAAUUGAGCUGAUACAAAGAAGGAAAAACAAUAAACUGGGGAGAAAAAAAAAACUCAACUACAGCUUUUUUGUUUGCCUUUUCUGACUGAAGCCUCAAAGAGCUAAAGCCUAAAGAGUUUUUUGAGGAAGUUACCAAGGGGCAAAGCAAUGGAUGUUGUCUACAUGGACUUUAGCAAGGCAUUUGACAAGGUCCGACGUGGGAGGUUGUUCAAGAAGGUUAAGUUGCUCAGGAUUCAAGAUGAGGUUGUAAAUUGGAUGAGACACUAGCUUUGUGGGAGAAGCCAGAGAGUGAUAGUAGAGGGUUGCCUUUCUGACUUGAGGCCUGUGACAAGUGGAGUGCCGCAGGGAUCAGUGCAGGGUCCUUUGUUCCUUGUCAUCUACAUCAAUGAUCUGGAUAAUAAUGUGGUUAACUGAAUCAACACAUAUGCGGAUGACACCAAGAUUGGGGGUGUAGUGGACAGCAAGAAAGUCUAUCAGAACUUGCAGCGGGAUCUAGACCAGCUAGAAAAAUGAGCUGAAAAGUGGCAGAUGUAAUUUAAUGCAGACAAGUGUGAGGUGUUGCAGUUUGGUAGGACCAACCAGGGUAGGUCUUACACAGUGAACGGUAGGGCACUGACAAGUGCUGUAGCACAGGGAUCUGGAAAUACAGGUCCAUAAUUAAUUGAAAGUGGCAUCACAGGUUGAUUAAGGGUCGUGAAGAAAUCUUUUGGCACAUUGGCCUUCAUAAAUCAAUGUACUGAGUACAGAAAAUGGGAUGUAAUGUUGAAGUUGUAUAGGACGUUGGUGAGGCCUAAUUUGGAGUAUCGUGUGCAGUUGUGGUCACCUACCUACAGGAAAGAUAGAAACAGAGAAAACCUAUAGCACAAUAAAACCUAUACCUCUGACUAUCCACAAUGUAAAUAAAGUUGAAAGAGUACAGAGAAAAUUUACAAGGAUGUUGCUGGGUCUGGAGGACCCGAGUUAUGUGGGAAGAUUGAAUAGGUUUAGCCCUUGUGGCUAAAGGGAUCAGGGGGUAUGGAGAGAAGGCAGGUACAGGGUUCUGAGUUGAAUGAUCAGCCAUGAUCAUACUGAAUGGCGGUGCAGGCUCGAAAGGCCGAAUGGCCUACUCCUGCACCUAUUUUCUAUGUUUCUAGGUUAGGACUUUAUUCUUUGGAACGUAGAAGAUCAAAGGGAGAUUUGAUAGAGGUAUACAAAAUUGAGUGGUAUAGAUAGGGUAAAUACAAGCAGGGUUUUUCCACUGAGGUUGGGUGGAACUCCAACUUGAGGUCAUGAGGUGAGGGGAAACUUCUUCACUGAGAGGGUCAUGAGGGUAUGAAACGAGCUGCCAGCAGAAGUGGUACAUGUGAGCUUGACUUCAAUGUUUAAGAGAAGGCUGUGGUCUCAGUGCAGGUUGAUGGGAGUAGGCAGUUUAAAAUCAUUCAACAUGGACUGGAUGGACCAAAGAGCCUGUUUCUGUGCUGUAUUUGUCUAUGACUCAACUCAGAGGAAGUGAGUUUGAGGCUAUUUAAGUGUCUGGAAAGUUGACAGUUCUUGACUCUAUUUUUUUGCUUUAUAUUCUCAUUCCAAUUUAGAGCAUUAAUGAAUGUUUGUUUAAAAUCACAUUCCUGAAUGCCAUUGUUGUCAACAAUGAUAGAUGUGAUGAAGAAACUUAUUUACAGUGUUUUGUCAAUCCAUGCAGAAGAGACAAUUCCAAAUUUUGGACAACCAAACACAGGUUAACUUUCAAACGGAGGUUUAAGCGGAAGGAUCUGCUUAGCCUAUCAGCAGUUUAGGAAACAACCCUCGGGUAUAAUUCCAGUAUUGCAGCCCCAGAGACUUCAGACUCUAGGCUGAAUGGCCUCCUAUUCCAUAGAGAACAAAGGAUUUUUGGUGGUUUUUUUAAAGCUACUUACCCUUUAAUUCAUUAGGUUAUUAGAACACAGCAAAAUAAAUAUCUUCAUAUCUCCUUAAAUAUCUAAUCUGAGAACAAAGCUUUAGUUUGAAGUUCAGAAUGAAUUCUAGAAAUGAAAUGUUUAGCUACUUAGACAAGAGUUUCUAAUGUAUUAAAACCCCAAUCUGCAUUUCAGAGAAUUACCAAUGUUCAGGAAUGUUUGAAAUUUGGGUUUUUGGACCAAUAAAAUGGAAAAUGACUUCAUGCCAAGGAAAUUUCCAGUGUAUCAUUGCCUUGGUACAAAUGCAUAAAAUAUCCCUCACUCAAAAACUCCAGUACCAUUCAAAUAAAUAUAUUGUUUGCUGUUAUUUAGUGUUUAGUAAUGGAAUGUUAAUAAAGAGAUCUGAAAGCCUAUCAAGUCAAUAUUUCAUUGAUUUUCUAAUGAUGGGAGCUGCUGCUGUUUAAAAGGGAAAUUACGAGUUUGCAAAAGACAAAAUGCAAGUCUUUUAAUUGUGGGAAACUAUUGAA